AUGGCCUCUAACAUCCUAAUCAGUAAUGAUACCAGUAGUGGUUCCCCUGAAAUCAAGAAGUCUCUUGGAAUGAGUCGUCUCUGGCACAAUAUUUUGUACCUGCCGAACACUCUACAGGGUAAACUACUUCAUUCUGCUCCCCUUAAUGCCUUUAAUGGUAUUCAUAAUGCUGGCUGGAUCCGAAUGGAGUUCCGAGCUAGGAAUCAUUGUAGUGGUCAAGUAAGGGUGUAUAUUCUACCAGAUGAUAUGGGAAAUACCGUGUUAGAUCGAUCAACGAAGCGACUACGCAAAGGUAUGGAGGCUCUGCUAGAUAACUUGGAUGUUUCGCAUGCUACUUGGCAGGGUACAUGGUCAGAUGACCAACCUAUCCAGCAUAUCAACUCUACGUUGAAUGCUGAUCAAUCCACCAGCAAUGUUUCUCUUUUCAACAUGUUUAAUACUCUGCCGUCUCCGAAGCCCGACCCGCAGAUCAUUGUUGAUGAGUACGUACAAGAUGCGAUGCACUCGAUUCUGGAUGGCAGUGUAUCAGGACUUCAUCCUGAUAUUCAAAUGCAUCCGUACCAAUGUCAAACGGCUGCUAUGAUGCUGCAACGUGAAUAUCAGCCAGCAUAUCUACUUGAUCCACGUCUUCGAGAGCUCAAAGAUCAGGCCGGGAACAAUUUUUAUUGUGAUUUAAGUGCGAACGCUUGCUUGAGAGAGCCACGUUUUUAUGAAGCGCCAAGAGGUGGGGUAUGCGCCGAAAAUAUGGGAUUGGGAAAAACAUUAAUCUGCUUGGCUUUGAUUUUAGCAACAAAAGAUUUGAGAUCCCAAAUACCAGUCGAAAAAUCCGUUGGUUCAACUCCAGUGCGACCCACUACAGGAUCUCUUCUUAAUAUGUCCGCCUCGACUAUUGGUAGACUCGGAAUUCCAUGGGAGAAAAUUCUUGGAAAGAUGGAGUCUGAAGAAGGAAUCGAAUUUAGCCGAAUGCGUGAUGCCCUAAAGAGGGGUAUUGGAUACUACUGGUACACGCCUGACCCACCUCGUCGUGAGACACGCAAUCCAAGAAGCACGACUCGUAGGAAAAUAUGGCUCACCAAAGCUACUCUAGUAGUUGUUCCCGCUAAUUUGGUGCAGCAAUGGAUACAAGAAAUAGAAAAACAUACCAUUGGGCUGAAGUGCUUGAUUAUGGAUGAUAUGAAAGUCCCACUACCGGCCGCGAAUGUGUUGACUAGCUACGACAUCAUUUUAUUUAGUAAAAAGAGAUUUGAAAGAGAGGCUAAGGAAGAAGUCUUGCCUGCUCGGCAACGCACAACCAGUUGUCAGCACUCUUUUGAAACUCCCGAAGCUGACAAUUGCCCAUGCACUUCCCAGUCAGAUCUGGGACAGCCCGAAGAAACAUUGUAUCGUUCCCCGCUGAGAGAUCUUCAUUUCAAACGUCUUAUUAAUGAUGAAGGUCAUACUUUUGGAAAUGCGACAAAAAACUCAAAGUCAGACGCGAUAAUUAUGAUUGACUUCCUGCACCUCGAUGCGCGUUGGAUCAUUUCAGGAACGCCCACACAUGGCCUUCAUGGUGAAUAUAUCAAAAUCCCGGAAACUAAUGAUAUCACAACUCACUCUGUUGAAAUCAAAGAUCGGGAGAUUACCAAGUAUUCCCCGGACGAGAGCUUUCCUAUCCAACAAAAGUUAUUUAUCGAGCAAGAAACCAAAGACCUUGAGAAGCUUGGAAAUAUUCUGACCUCAUAUCUGAAGGCUCGACCAUGGGCAAACAAGGUUGCAGAGGGUGACCAGGCAGCCUGGACAGAUUUGGUCAUCAGGCCAAGAUACAAUCGCCAAAUCCACGGUGAUUCACAGAUUCUCAAGUCCACUUUGGAAAGUAUGAUCAUCCGUCAUACAGCGAAAGACAUUAAUGAACAGCUUUUCCUUCCUCCAUUACACAAGAAGGUCGUUUACCUCGAGGGAUGUUUGCAGGAUAAGCUGUCUUUAAAUAUCUUUUCGAUGAUGAUUGUUAUAAAUGCUAUCACCUCAGAAAGGGAGGGUGUAGACUAUUUGUUCCAUCCGAAAUCAAGAGGAGCACUUCAAGCCCUAGUCUCAAAUUUGCGACAGGCCUCCUUCACUUGGUCAGGUCAUACCACAUUAAUGAUAGAGAAAUCUCUAGAUACGGCAAAAGAAUUUAUAAAAAGGAACAACAUCGCCCCUGAAGACAGAACGCUUCUAGAGGAGGCAAUUUUCGUUGGAGAGUGCGCUCUUAUCAAUGGUAUAUUCACAGCUAUUACUCACGUACAUGAAAUGGCCAUGUAUAUACAAAAUAAUUUGCUGCAAGAGAUUAGGGCUGCAUGGGCACUUGACCAUCAUGAUGAGAUUCCGACCUUAAUGGGCGCCACGAUGGUUCUUGGCGCAAAAGACGUAUUCAAUUGCGCGUCUGGUCCGUCGUAUUAUGGCGAAGACGUUUGGAAAAGGGAGAUAAUUAGUUAUGGAGAGCAGAUGAGAAGCGAAAUUGAGUCGGGAGGUCAUGUCGACCCUGCCCAAUUUAGAAAAUCACGAACGGCCAGUAAGGGGCUUAUUCUAUCAAAACCUUUCGGUUUGGCAAGUAACAAGAAUGGGAGAGGCUCUACUAUCAUAUCUACCGCAUCGUCCAAGCUUUCAUAUCUCAUGGAUCAGAUUUUCCUUCACCAUAUCCUCGAAAAGAUCAUCGUAUUUUACGAAGCUGAGAACGUUGGUUAUUACAUCGCGCAAGCACUCAAAUGCAUGAACGUCGAACAUUUGCUUUAUUCUAAAAGGGAUUCCACAUCUGAGCGCUCAAAAUGUGUUGUAAAGUUCAACUCUCUCCCCAAUUUUCGUGUUAUGCUCAUGGAUGUUAAUCAAGCAGCCUUUGGUUUGGAUAUGAGUGCAGCAUCCAGAGUAUACUUCGUAAAUCCUGUCUUCUCACCACAAAUUGAAGAACAAGCUAUCAAGAGAGCUCAUCGCAUCGGGCAACUUCACCCUGUGCAUGUUGAGACUUUAGUUCUCAAAGGAAGCAUCGAGGAAGUCAUUUUGACAAGACGAGGAGUAAUGAGCGAUCAAGAGCACAUGAAGUUGAAAGAUAUCCUAGAUGAUCAAACAUUGUACCACUGGAUUAGAAAUGUUCGAUUUUUUCCUUUACCAAGUGGGAUAGUGCCAGGCCCUCAGCAACUUGCUCCUCUCACUUACCCGCAGCUAGCUUUCGUAAAGCCUCCACUCGAUUCAGAUGCAGGGAAAUCUGACUUAGAAAAGGACUUGAUGAGAGGAUGCAUGACCAGGAGGUACCGUUAUCAAUGUCAAUGA